AUGGACGAAUUAAAAAAAGACGCGCGUUUUUCUCAUAUUACGAAAGAUCCACGUUUUCGACCUGCGUCGAAAAAUGAGCGAAAGCUCAAGAUUGAUCGCCGCUUUGCAUCGAUGUUUAACGAUCCAAAAUUCAAAAUGAAAUACACAGUUGAUAAACGUGGCCGACCAUUGCUAAAAGAGCAUACCACACGAGAUGACAUGAAGAAAUUCUAUCAACUUGGACAUGAUGAUGAUGAUGAUGAUGAUAGUAGUUCGACAUCAUCUGAAGAAGAAUCAGAUAGUGAGACAGAGAAACCGAAGAAAUCAGCCGAUGAUGAAGAAUUGGAUGAAUUUCUCGAAAGUGAAGAAAGUGAUAAUGACGAAGAAGAAGAAGAUGACGACGAAGAGGAAGAAGAAAACAAAUCAAGUUCAUCCGAUGAAGACGAAGAAAUACCUGAUGCUAACGAUGGUAUCGAAUGGAAUGAAUUCGAUGAGAAAUGUGCUCGUUCGGACGAUGUUAGUCGUCGACUAGCUGUUUGCAAUAUGGACUGGGAUCGUGUACGAGCUGUUGAUAUCUUUCUUCUCUUAAACUCAUGGAAACAGGCUGAUGGUAUUAUCAAAUCCGUCACAAUCUAUCCAUCCGAAUAUGGAUUACAACAGAUGGAAUUAGAAAAAAAUUUCGGUCCUAUACCUGGAGUGGCAAAACCAGUCACCACUACAGAUCAGAAUGGUAACGAUAGUGGACGUCAAAGUGAAGCUGAAGAAGAACCUGAAGAACCGGAAGUAAAGUCUGAUGAUGAUGACAACGCAUCAAAUUAUAAUCAAGAUGACGACCAAGAUACAACUGAUCCAGUUAUGCGCGAACGUCUACGAAAAUAUCAAUUGAAUCGUUUGAAAUAUUACUAUGCAGUUGUUGAAUGUGACACUGCGGAAACGGCUGCUAAGAUUUACGAAGAAUGCGAUGGACUCGAAUACGAAACAAGUGCUGUUCGCUUAGAUUUACGCUUUAUACCUGAUUCGGUAACAUUUGACUCCUCAAUUCCACCACACGAUCAAUGUACUCAAUUGCCAGAUAAAACAUUAUACAAGCCACAGUUAUUUCGCAAUACAGCAUUGACACAAACCAAAGUACGAUGUACGUGGGAUGAGACACCUAUCGAACGCCGUCGAUUAACAAAGAAGAAAUAUACAUUAGAGGAACUAGAAAAAAUUGAUUUGGAUGAGUAUUUAGCGUCUGGAACUGAUGAAGAACCAGAUGAUGAUGACGACGAUCAGAUCCAUGACGAAAGUGGAGAUGAAAAUGAGGAGAAGAAGAACGACGAUGCUAUUUUCAAAGUACCAACGUCUAUACCGUCGGCUUCGAAAAAAAACAAAGGCGAUGGACCUAUUGCUCGUGCACCUAGUAUUCUCAGUACUCAGGAUGACAUCGAUCGAUAUAGAGCUUUGUUAUUGGAUUUCAACGAAGAUCCGAAAGCGGAUAAAAAAUCUAAACAAAAAACCAAAACCAAAUUCUUUGACGAAGAGCCCAGUGACGAAGAGGGGCCUCGAGAAAUGCUUGGCGAUGAUGACGAUGAAGCCGAUAGCGAUAGUGAUAUCGAUAUGGAGAUUACGUGGACAUCCGGUUUGAAUGGUAAAACCGGACAGAAGUCACAAAAACCGACGAAACAAAACGACAAGAAGAACAACAACAAGAAAACCAAAUCUGAUAAAACUGAAUCGAACGAUCUGGACGAAGACGAUUCGACAGAAAAUAAUCAAGAUACCCUUGAAUUAUUGACUGGCGAUGAUGAACAAGACGGUAAACGUAAUUACAAUCUUCGCGAAAUGAUUAAAUCUCAUAAACAAUCGACGAAAGCAGCUGCUAAAAAUGCAAAAAAAUCAAAAAAAUUCCAACAAGAUUCAGCGAAUGAAAUCAACGACAACAAAUCAGCGGACGAUGCGUUUCAACUGAACGUGAAUGAUCAGCGUUUUCAAGCUGUUUACACACAACCAGCAUUCAACAUUGAUCAAUCCGAUCAUCGUUUCAAAGCAACAGCGGGCACACAACGUCUCAUUGAUGAAAAAUUAAAGAAAAGAAAACUUGAAAGCUCGAAUUCUUCAUCGAGAACCGAUCGUGAUGAAGACGAUAUUGUUGCUAAAUUAAAAAGAAAGUCAGUGAAAAAAGAAUAA